GACGGAGCAUCAUGGCGAUUGACGGAGGAGGGAGAAACUGUGGUGCUCAUGAACUCAUCUGUGCAAGACGAGGUAAGACAUGUCUUCAAAAACCUUUAAUACCAUUUCCAAGUUUUUUUAAUGUCCUUGUUUAUUUACAACAUUUUACUGUAAAUGAAUGUAGAUUUUUUUCUUUUCACUGUCCUCAGAAUACAGUGUUUCGGUGAAUUAUGUAUGCCGUAUCAAGUUUUGGUUUGCCUCAGCGAAAGAAGGCAGCUGUGUGUGCAUGAUUUAUUCAGCAUGUAGGUUUUGUUUCGUUCCAGGUGUCCAUGUGUAAGCAACGCUUCCAUAUUCCAAACAGCCGCACUCCUUAAACUGCAUCAUCCUCUGCUCCAAAGACUUAAACUUAUAUUUAUUUUUACUUUAACUUGACAUAAAUCUGACAGAUUAAUUAGACUCCCUUGUUUUUAUUUUCGCUGAGACGAGCUCACAUUUCUCUGAGGGCAUUAUUCAUUUCAGAACGCUUCAGUGGCUACGUUUCCACGUUUGUUAGACAGCUUGCAGGAGUCAUUAGCUGGAGAAGCAAGCUGAUUGAGUCCUGAGGCUGAGCUCAGAGUCCAACAGUUCAACCUCAGUUCACAGACUAAUUUAGCUAGGCUUUCCUAGUUUAUUUUGUCAGGUCAAAAAAAUAUUGAACACAAACACUUAUGAAGGAAAGGGGGGCAUCACCUCUGCUGGCAAAAGAGAUGUUGGGGAUCAUAUAAACUCCUCCGCUUUCAAGUGUACAUCGAUGAACGCUUCAGGUUACCUCAGGCCUCUGAAUUAUUCAGCCGUUGUUAAGAUUUACAAAGCAGAGUGAUGUAUGAAGCGUCAUCACAUCUCUUUAACGCCAGCGCCAUAAGCUGGAAGUUUUAAACAGAUGGCUGAUGUGCCCACAGCUGCAGAGGUCAUGCUGGCUCAAUUGGCAGUGAGAGUUGACACGUGAACCUUAAAACCUCCGGAUCUGAUUAAGUGUGAGGGUUUACCUCAGAACUGGAUGACUUUGUGUUUUAAGAUACAAACUAUGUCUGGAUUAUAACACAAUUGCGGUUACAAGGUAAGACUGUCGUUUUAUUAUCUAACUUGUGCUUUGCCAUUCUUUGGGAUUGGGCAUUGAUCAUUUUUGGCAGAGUGCAGCAGGCAUGCUGUACUACUUGAAAAAGCUGAAACAGUGUCUUUCCUGUUACUAUGGUGAGAAAAGUCUGUCCAUGCCAAGUUUAGUUCACUUUCACACCAUUUAAGGAAGAUCACUUCAGAUCUAACAUGACUGCUUAUGUUAACCAAGCUUCAUAAGUUAUUUUAAUCAACAACGCUGGGAAGCUUAAGCAACAUUUUAAGUGCUUUAAUGCUCUACUUGAAUAUUUGUGGGUUUGACUGAAAGUAAUAUUUGUCUUCAGUGUUAAAUGAAAUAUUUAUUUUAAUUAUAUGCAACAUUUUCAACUAAAACAUUGUCUAGUGUGUGUUUGCACCUAAGGCACAAACCUCAUGUUGAGGGGUCAGAGCGAUUUAAAAUGCAGCGCUCUUUGUGGGAUUGCAUGACAUGCACAAAGGCAGGCGCAAAGGAUAAAUUGAUGUUCAUUCUUCAUUUUAUAAAUGUCUCCAAUUGAGACUAUUUUCACUGAAAACAGUUCCAGGAUCCUUGGCAGGAGUUCGUUGGAAGCAAAAAAAGAGUAAAAAAGUGUAAAAACUUAAAUCCAGUCAUUUUAACUUAAUACUUAAAAAACUGAACUCAUUACAGAUUUUCAUAUUACAGGUGUGUAUGUGUGUGCAGAACAAGGGGGCGGGGGAUGUCUUCCAAGAACAAAUUGCAUCAAUUCUUAAAGCUCUGAAUUGUCUUAGGGUCAAUUCAAUCCUUCACUAAUUUGUUAAUCCACUUCAUGCAAACAUGCAUCUUUUUUGUUCUUACCUAUUUCCAUGUUCAUAAACAUAAAUCUCAAUUUAGUUCUGUGGUAAAUUUGUCAAUUUUGAAGACAUAUGGAGAACAUUAAAAAAUGUACAAAAGGCUAACUUGAUGCUCUGUUGGUACAAAACCUCCAAUUAUAGCUUCUUAUUGUACCUGGACUACAUUGAGAAUUCAAUCAUCAAAGGAACACGAGAAGGCAAAAUGACCAGUGUUCUAGAGAAAUAAAAAUCAGUUUCCUGAGUCAAGAAACUGAAUUAUAAAGAUGCAGCAGCCAAUAUAGGUGAACUACCGACUGAAACAUCAACUGCAGAAACAUUUCUGUUAUUUAGGGAAAUUAAUUCUGGAAUGAAGCAUUUUCAGCAGUGAAAAUGAUAAAAAAUACACCACUGUCAUUGGUUCCAAGGUUUUUGUGCAUUAAACCUGCAAUAUAGUUCCAUAUUGUACCUGAAAAGUUUAAAUCUAGAAGUCUAAAACCCUGACAUACUUUAUCUGCUUAAUAAUUAAAAUGUGUCAGUGUGAGUUUAAGUCACAUAUCUCAAAAUAUAUAAAAAGCCAAACAAAAUAACACUUCUUAUUAUGAAUUUUGUCUAGAAAUUAUUUUUCUUACUAGCUGUUCUUUCUUUUUAACGGUUAAAAACGUUGCUCAGACUGCAGCUAAUCUGCCUCCUAAAUGAUGGUCUAGUCUGAUCUUUUGGGCUUUACUGAAUCUACUUUUCUGUUAGAUACUGCUCCUUUGAGACUCUAGUAAAAAUAGCACAGGGCUGCCUGCUUGGUUACAUGAAGUGUGGAUGGCCUACAUACACCGCCGCAGCUUAUGUCUGCCUAUGAAGUAAGAGGAAUAAUGGUGGAUUCAACUCACAGCAGCUUAUGCUCAUCAUUUUGACUGAAAAGUUUAGACUUAUUUCAGUGAGAGCUGUUUAUUUUUAAAAAAAUAAUAAAUUAUCAAUAGAUGAUUGUUUAUACAGUAACUCAGUUUUGUGUGAUUGUUGCUCAGCUCCAAGAAGAUUUUCCGCUUCUUUAAAAUUAUUUGCUGUAAAAUGUUUUUACUGCAGUGUUGCAUUUUUCUAAUUUUAUUUCUUGUUCUCUUUCUCUUUUUCUUGUCUGCUCUUCUCUUCUCUUCCCCAGUUUCUCCUGAACUUCUGGGUGUUUUGUCUUCCAUUGCAGCCUUUGUGGCAUUGAUGGCUCUGUUUUUUUUUUACCUCAGCAACAAACUGUCUGUGCAGAGUCCCGACAAUCUGUCACAUCUCAAUGGACAAAAGAACCCCCAUCAAGUGCUUCUGAUGAGGUAAUCUCGUGAUCAGCGUGUAAUAGAAUCCCCCGACUGAGAGAUGGCCUUCUUUAAGAGCUUCCAGCCGACCCUGCCGUCUGUCAACAUUUCUUCCAUCCUGGACUCAGUCACCAGUCGUGUGGAUGAUCUGGCCAACGCAGUCAGCGAUGCCACAUAUGCCGUCAGCGACCAGCUCACCGAGCAGGUUACUACGAUCAUCAACAAGGUGCAGGAGGAAGAGGAGGGGGAAAACAGCAGGAGCCAGGACGCUGCUCAGGCCUCCAGCUCGCAAGAGGGAAGGGCCGGUAAUAAAAGCAUGUGGCAAAUGCAGAGAAACUCAGACGCUGGCCAGACUGGGUCGAAAAACAACCAAAACAAUGACACACCGGAGGGACAGAACUCCCAGAGUCAACUGGAGUGGGAAUGGAGGGAUGGAUGUUGGCGAGUUAAAAAGACGGAGGCCGAGCUGGCAGAAGAAGAGAUGAGAAAAAAGGAGGAAAAGAAGAUGCAGGACAAAAGAGAGCAGAGAAGAAAGGAGAGGAGAGAGAGGCAGCUGGAGAAAGAAGUGGAAGCCAAAAGAAACAGAGAGGAAGCCAACAAAGGAGGGAAGGAAGAGGAAGAUGAAACUUAUGAGAAGAUAGAUGACAGAGACGGACAAGAAAGGAAGACAAAUGAGAGUGAAGAUCCAAUAUAUGCUCUGCAAAAAAGUGAUGAAUGUGAUAAAACUUCUUACUUAGCUGAUAGUGAAAUAGAAACAAAGACAUCAAAGCUGGAGGAGGAAAAAGACGGAGAAGCCGAAGAGGGGCAGGAGAGAGAAGCAGACAACGAGGAAGAGGAUGAGCCAUCUAGGUCUUCUUCUAAAGUCAAAAAGAAGAAGUUGGAUAAGAAAAAGGACAAAGAGAGUUCGAAGAAACCUGAGGAAGACUUAGAUGUGGAGAAGAAGAAAGACAGAACCAAGAAAAGCAAGAAGAAAAAGACAGGAAACCAAGAUGGAGUUGUAUCAAACAGCAAAGAAGAGAAAAGCCCAGAAGGUGUGACCCAGCAGAACAUAACGUCUGCGUGGAGCAAAGGCAAACAGUCCAGUGAGCAGGGAGGAUACAGCAGUGAGGCCUCCAGCGAACAGGCUGCCAGUAUUCAGAGGAUAAAGAAAGAUUCCUCUUUAACUGAGCUCCAGCCUCCGCCGUACCAACACGUGAGCUCAGGGACACGCAAGUCCUCACGCUCAGAACGAGGAGUCAGGAGACCGCCGUCCCCGCAGCAGUCCGACAGCCCUCGCUGCUCCAGCGAGGGCAGCGUGGAGCAGGACACUGAGAGUUACCUCAACAAAGGCUGUGAGGAGGACAUUCCCAGUGACAGCACCGCUGUUCUGAGCCCAGAGGAUGGUUCUGGUCUCCAGCUUCCUUCUGCCUACGAGCCAGAGCCCAUCGCACAAUACGGCACGCUGGACGUCGCCUUCGAGUACGAUUCUUCUGAGCAGUGGCUGGCCGUCACGGUGACAGCCGCCACCGACAUCCCCGCUCUGAAACAGACGGGCAACAUCGCCUGGCAGGUCCACCUGGUCCUGCUCCCCACCAAGAAGCAGCGGGCCAAAACGGGCGUGCAGAAGGGUCCGUGUCCCGUUUUCACAGAAACAUUCAAGUUUUCCCGGGUGGAACAGGAGGCCCUGGGGGACUACGCCGUUCGCUUCCGCCUGUACAGCAUCCGACGGAUGAAAAAGGAGAAGGUCCUGGGAGAAAAGGUGUUCUACUUGACUAAGCUGAACUUGCAGGGGAAGAUCGCUCUGCCCGUCACCCUGGAGCCUGGCUCUGAACUCACAGGUUGUGGCUCUCUUGUAAGUGUGUCUCGUAGCGCAGGUGCUUUGUCCUACCGCUCCACCGAAGACUCAUCGCUGCCAGAGAUCCUCCUGGGUCUCAUUUAUAACUCUGCCACAGGACAGCUUUCUGCUGAGGUUAUACAAGGAAGCCACUUCAAAACUGCAGCUUCUGAUAAACCUGUCAACGGUCUGUUUUGUUGUGUGAAACACUUCGUAGGGGGACAGCUGUAUAUCAUGAGGGACACCUACGUCAAACUGACCAUGCUAGACUCCAAGGGCAAAGAGAUGUCCAAGCGCAAGACGGGCGUGUGCCGCGGCCAGCCUAACCCCACCUACAAGGAGACGUUUGUCUUCCAGGUGGCGCUCUUCCAGCUGUCCGAGGUGUCGCUGGUGGUGUCCGUGUUCUGCAGGCGGAGCAGCAUGAGGCCCAGGGAGAGGCUGGGCUGGGUCUCCUUGGGCCACAGCAGCACCACCGAGGAGCAGCAAUCCCACUGGACAGAGAUGAGGGAGGCAGAGGGACAGCAGGUCUGCCACUGGCACACUCUGACCGACACCUAGGAGAGGCUGUAUGAGGAAUUAUGAGCAAACGUAAAGAGCAUCCAAAGCUCUGGAAGAGCAGGGAACACCUUCUGCGAUGAGUGUCCUUGUGUGCGGUGCAUUCAGGUGUGAGGGUGGGAGAAGCUUCCCGGUCCUCACUGCCAGACUGCAUGGCUGCCCUGUAACCUGCCACAGGGAGGAUUCAUACCUCUGACUCCAGCCUUCUGAACAACACACUGUUAAAAAAAAACUGACACUGUAAUUCAAACUCAUAAGUAAAAACUAUUUGUUUUAUAUUAAGAGAUUAUUUUCACAGCAAAAUGCGCAUGCACACGAAGUGUUUACAGGACCAACAUGACACAACGCGUCCAGACGGCUUCAGACUAGGAAUUUCGGACCACAGAGUUUGGUGCCGGACCGGCAAGACUCCUUCCAAUUGUUUUCUGGGCUUCAGCUAUCACCAGCAUAUCAGACAUUUCGCCAGCACUGACAAAAGAGGAUGCAAAGACUGGACUGUUACAAGAGUCCUGCAACAUGCUGCAACUUAUGCCUACAAGCUGUUCUUUUUACAAUAUGUUUACAUGCACACGGCAUUAUGCGAGACAAAUUAGUUGGUUUGCUCUGUUUUUUUUUAAAUGAUUUUGGAGAAUUAUCUUUCAUGGUUUACAUAUAUAUGUAUAUAAAAUUAUUUGCAUAACUCUGAAACACUAUGCAUAUGAUGAAGGAAGGGUGCACUUCUUCCCCGUGCUUGCCGAGCCUCUCAUGGAAUUGGACACAGCUCUGCAUGAUGCCGUCUGCACUGAAAGACAGCUUCCCUUCCUGUGUAACACAGACUGUUUCACCGUUCAGCCUUCUGACAGCUCUGCCAUGUUCAUUCAUGUAGAAACACGGCGCAUCACGCCGGGCCGAGGAG